UAUCCUAUCGCAGUCGUCCAGUACGAGCGCGCUGAUUAUUCUGUGGGCAACGAAGAGCAUCUCCACUGGGCCCUCAUUGUGAUCACGAACGAGGGUGACCUCACGGGCCCGUGCUGGCAAGUCGUCGACCGUCACUACAGCGAUGGCCGAGGCGUCGUGUGGGAGCUGUUCGAUGGAAAUGAGGUGAGGCUCAAGAUGACGAAGAAAUGUCUUGGAGGAGUGAAGAUUGGCACCGUUAAGGAUAAAGAUCUCGAAUUUUUCGCGACGGUCAGUGCACAAUCCCAAGCGCCGGUACCCAAGUUCGAAGGCUGGAACUGUAGGGACUGGGUAAUUGAGGCCAUCGGGCAUCUCGCACUCGCACAGAAGGGGUGGAUUGCCACAGGUGGCGUUCCAGAUCAGGCUGCGCUGCUUCCCGCUCUCAAGAGGGCCAGUGCCCAAACA